UACAUGCAGACGGACCCGUCUCUCUCCUCCGGGCAGCUCUGCAGCCUGUGUACCUGUCUCCAUCUGUCCUUCUGACAGCCUGGCCGGCCGGGACCAGCGGCAGACACGGUGAACGAGGGUCUCUGUGAGCGAACACGCCGGUGUUUCCCCUGUUUCCAGCGGCGUUCUCUUUUCUGCCGGUCGGGGCUCCGCACUGGAGAGCUGAUGAUGCCCGAGUGAUUGUCCUCACACAGCCGCACGGACAGCACCGUCUCUGGGACCGGGACUGUUUGUGGGACUGCAGGUAAUUAAUGUUUCCUUGCCUCCGUCCGAAGUUGGAGGCCAGUUGGAGUUGGGCGGCGUGUCCUCAGCAGCUGCAGUGAUGCGGGCUUCUGUGGCAGGCUGCAGGAUGAGCUUGGGCGCACUCCUUAACGGGCUGCUGGUCUCAGUGGUUGCAGCUCUGCUUUGGAAGUACUCUAAGCUGAGCGAGCAUGUUGCCUUGCUGGAAGAGGAGCUGCAUAUGACCCAGCAGUCCCAGGAGCUCUCUCAGGCCCGCAUCGACUACCACGUCGCCCUGCAGGCUCUCCAGCAACAUGGCACCCGCAUGGUAUGCACUGGCAAGAUGCAUACUGACCGCAUCUGCCGCUUUGACUAUCUGUGCUACUCUUCCGAGGCAGAGGAGUUUGUGUUUUUUCACUCCAACUCUUCGGUCAUGCUGCCUAAUCUGGGAUCCAGGCGCUUUCAACCUGCCCUGCUGGAUUUGUCCUCGGUAGAGGAUCACAACACCCAGUAUUUUAACUUUUUGGAACUCCCCGCAGCAGCUUUAAAAUUCAUGCCCAAACCCGUGUUUGUACCAGAUGUGACUCUGAUCCUCAACAGAUUUAAUCCGGAUAACCUCAUGCACGUGUUCCACGAUGACCUCCUUCCAGCCUUCUUUACUAUGAGGCAGUAUUCAGACUUGGACGAUGAGGCGCGUCUUGUGUUUAUGGAAGGCUGGGCCGAAGGGCCACACUUUGACCUUUAUCGACUUCUCAGCAGCAAGCAGCCACUUCUCAAAGAACAGUUGAGGAACUUUGGAAAGCUAAUGUGUUUUACUAAAUCUUAUGUUGGUUUGUCCAAAAUGACCACCUGGUACCAGUAUGGGUUUGUCCAGCCACAGGGACCCAAAGCCAACAUUUUGGUUUCAGGAAAUGAGAUCAGACAUUUUGCCAGUGCUUUGAUGGGCAAAAUGAACAUAACAAGGAUGGAGGAGGCAGAGAAGGAUGGAGGAAGUUCCGAGCAAGAGAGGGACAGAGACAAGAAGGAUGAAUACAUUGCUGUGUUUAGUCGCUCAACAACAAGGUUAAUACUGAAUGAAGCAGAGCUGAUAAUGGCCUUAGCCCAGGAGUUCCAGAUGAGAGUGGUUACACUAUCCCUGGAGGAACAGUCUUUUCCCAGUAUCAUCCAGGUGAUCAGCGCUGCUUCUAUGUUAGUGAGCAUGCAUGGAGCUCAGCUUAUCACCUCAAUGUUCCUCCCCAGAGGUGCAACAGUGGUAGAGCUAUUCCCCUUCGCUGUGAACCCAGAGCAGUAUACUCCGUAUAAAACCCUCGCCUCCCUUCCAGGCAUGGAUCUUCACUACAUCUGUUGGAGGAACUCUAUUGAAGAAAACACUGUCACCCAUCCGGACAGACCGUGGGAACAAGGUGGCAUUGCCCACUUAGAAAAAGAGGAGCAGCAGCGCAUCCUGGCGAGUACAGACGUUCCCAGGCACCUGUGCUGCCGUAACCCAGAGUGGCUUUUCCGAAUCUACCAGGAUACUUUAGUAGAUAUUCCAUCGUUCCUUAUGGUUCUCAAAGACGGCAUGAAGAGUAAGCCAGCCCUGAAGAAAACAAAGAUAACCAGCACGGUCCACCCUGGCCGCGUCAGAGAAGCCCACUGUCAGACAUCAGUACAAAACCCCAACGAGGCCAAACUCACAGUGUCUUGGCAGAUCCCGUGGAAUCUGAAGUACCUGAAGGUGAGAGAGGUCAAGUACGAGGUGUGGAUCCAGGAGCAGGGAGAAAACACCUACAUGCCUUAUAUCCUUCCUCAACAGAACUACACUUUCUCUGAGAACAUAAAGCCCUUCACUACCUACCUAGUUUGGGUGAGAUGUAUCUUCAACAAGAACCUCUUGGGCCCGUUUGCGGACGUACUAACAUGUCGGACCUAAUAGACACGGGGUCUCACUAUUGCUUUCUUAUCACCUCACUGGAAUGGACUUCUAGGUUACAUUUUGACCAGUCUUGGAAGAUAAAUGGGGUUAAACAGAUCUUUGCAGUUUCAGGGCAGACAUAGCCAACACAGAGGCAGCCAGGAGUACUGAGUGGCUCCUGAGGGACUGCUAAAGAUGGACAAGAGCGACUCCUCUACCACUGGGUGAUGAGGGCUUUAAAGAUUAUUUCUUACUCUUUCAAAUGCAUUCUCUACUGAUACUAAAAUAACUUAAGUGAGCAGAAGUAUUUAUGAGAAAAAUAUUAUGAGAUUUUAGGAUUAGUUUAACCACUGGAUUCUACCAUAUUGGAGUAUGCAAUGUAGCUUCUGUGCUGUAGGUGCGAGAGAUUAGAGAUCAGUAAGGUGUUAACAUUUUUCUGACUUGUCUUAUGCGUGUGUGCAACUAGCAAGCUUCACCUCCCAAUUAUCCGAUUCCACAAAUGUUUUGUUACACAACCCAUCCACAAUCAUAGAUGCUUAUUCUAGAAAAUUAGACUGACUCCCAAGAUGUCUAUUUUUAUUCCUACUAUGUUUAUCUUUUUACAUUGUUCUUUCUUUUAUCAGCCUAAUUGUUUGGAAAUUCUCAGUAGAUCCCUCUAAAAGGAAUCAGAGCCUACUGUUAGGUUUAUUAUACUUUAUUAAUAAUUUACUUUAAUGUGGAAAACUUUUUACCUUACAGACUUUAGUUUCUGUCUUUUUAUGUAAUUUAAAUGUUUUAGAUCAUCAGAUAAAUGUAACAAGAGUAAAUUCAAAAUGUUUGCAAAGGAAGAUUUUAAAGGGGACAUAUCAUGCAAAAUUUCCUUUUUUAGCCCUGAAAUACAUUUUGUUGUGUACUUGGAGUACUUGGCUGAAUGAGGUGGAGUUGAACGUUCUGCGACCUGGGGAGGGGUGGGUUGUGAAGUUCUUUCUUUACAUUUAAAGAGACAGCACCAAAAUGACUAGCUCUCAGACGCAUCUUAGAACAGGGAUGAAAAGGGGAAUAUGGGGGUAAAUUAAUGAGGAACUCAGACCAAAGCAUUGCAGUUCCCCUUUCUAAAGACCACAACAGAAUGAUUUAAAUGUGAAAAGAAAGGACUGAAAAGCAUGAUGUGUCCCCUUCAAGUUCUAUCCAAACCAACCUGGCCCUAUGUGGACAACUAAUUAACCCCUAAACCUAAUAACUGAUUGUUCUGAUUGCAUUAAUAUAUAAUUCUGGCUUGGAUAUCACCAAUUCACUGCUAUAAAUAGGGAAGUGCGCACAGAGGCUCCAUUGCUGUGCAUUGAGUCAUAUAAUAAACCAUGCUCUUCUGACGUAGAAUGAGAAUAUCCAAUUUUUAUAAAAUAUAGCUAAAAUUAAAGCUGAGAACAUUGCCAAAAAAUGAUCAUACACAGAAAUAUGUCCUCUCUCUAACCAUAAAUCCAGGACAUUUCCCAAUGCUUCCGAGGCAUCCAGCCUGCAGGUCCUUCUUACUAUAGUGUAACAGACUGUAUUGUGUUCAGUAAAUCUGUGCAUGUUUGUCUAUAAUUUUGGGAUGGUAAAUCUCCCUCCAGGAUGCCGUAUUGUAGACAGUAAGUGCCAGAGAUUGGGGGGAGUUCCCUACAGAGCAUAUCUAGCCACUCAGAAGCCAGGCUCUGAGUCCAUUCUCCUUUCAUCUUAUGUGGCGCUGUUAAGCAAACCGAGGAAUCUCUUACAGUAGCAGCACUUUACAAUGGUUUGGUUCGCAUCCAGUUUGAUUUAAAAAAAAAAAAAAAAAAAAACAUGCAGUUUGUGCGGCUCACUCCAGUUUCUGCCUCGCUGAAGCUACCAGACUGAAGAUGGACACCCGUCGCCCCCCUGUUCAGGAAUACUAUCUUAAAAAUUGUUCAGUGUUAAAAUGUCCAUCAAUUCAUAUUGUGUGAACCAUAAACACCAUAAAAAUUACUAUAUAUGAAUAUUGAAUUCCUUGUACUAUUUCAUUAACCGUUUUUCAAGCAGAUAAAAUGUUUUGUUUUAAUAUUUCAAACAUUUCUACCCCUCAUGCAAUCGCUUAUUUUCUCUAGAAUACUAUCUCAAUUUGCAUUUCAUGUCAAUUUUAUCUCAAUUACACUUAAGUUAAUCUGUCAAAGCAACAGGUCACUCUACUAAUAAAACUUUACUACCCUUUAAAAAGAGCCAGUUCUGUGUACUUCUGACGCUGCUUCUGCAGCAGCCCUGACUCAGGACAUAGCAAUGGCGCCUGUGUGUCAUGCGGUAGUCACGUGAUGUCCAAGCUAGUAAUAAAUAUCUAUGGCGGCAACAACUGCCAUCCAGUGUUUGAUUACUGCUAAUUAAUGUUUCCGUCACUGUGAUGAACCUUGGUCCAUUCUGAUUUGCAGAAUUCUUCUAAUUUAGCCACUAUGAAGGGCUUUCCAGCAUAAAUGGCGCCACACCAGUGUUUCUGUUGUAUAUUAGCCCAGACUUUAACUUGGCCACUCAAAAACUUUUAAAAGACGUUCAGAGGUAGACUUGCCGAUGUGUUUCAGAUCAUAGUUCUGCAGCAUAUGCCAAAUGCACUUGAGCUUAAGAUCACACACUGAUGGCUGUACCUUCUCCUUUAGGAUUUUUUUGUAAGAGAGCAGAAUUAAUUGUUCCAUAAUUUAGACUAAAUCAUCCAGGGUCUGAGGCAGUAAACCAGCCCCAGACAUCACACUACCACUCCAUGUUUGAAUGUCAUUGUGAUGUUUUUUUUUUUUUUAGAGUAAAU